AUGGCUUUGGAAAAGUGGAGUAAGGAUACAUAUGGCAAUAUUUUUCGGCAAAUCUCAACCAUAGAAGAUACUAUCAAGGUGAAGGAACUGCAGUUUGAAUUAAAUCCUUCCAUGUUGAAUAGAAUAAACUUACAUAAAGCUCAGACUGAGUUAAAUAGCUACUUGCACCUUGAAAAAGAAUAUUGGAAGCAGAAGUCUGGUAUGAGGUGGUUCAAGGAUGGUGAUAGAAAUACUAAGUUCAUUCACUCCUAUGUCAAAGGAAGGAGGAAGAAAUUGGCAUUGCAGAGGAUCCAAAAUAUUCAAGGGGAUUGGAUUUCUUCCAAUGAUUAUAUAGGGGAGGAAGCAGUUACAUUUUAUCAGGAUCAGUUUAGAGAGCUGGCUACAAGCACUGAUUAUGAGAUGUUGAAGAUGAUUCUUGCUCUAAUCUCAACAGAACAGAAUGAAUCACUUAUUGCUCUCCCUAGUAAUGAAGAGGUCAAGCUAGCAGUCUAUGGUCUGAAUGGUGACAGUACAAGUGGUCCUGAUGGUUUUUGUUACAGCCCGUAUUUUCGUGCGUUGGAAAGCGAGCAUUGUGGAGAAUGUGUUGUUAGCACAAGAGAUUUUAGAGACGUAAACAAGAGAAACAAACUGCACAAUGUGGUGGUGAAGCUUGACAUGGCUAAGGCUUAUGAUAGGGUCUCAUGGAUCUUUCUAACAAAGGUUUUGAGGCAAUUUGGCUUCUCAGAGGUAAUUAUAGACAUGGUAUGGAGAUUGGUAUCAAACAAUUGGAUUUCAGUUCUAGUAAAUGGUCAAUCUCAUGGAUUUUUUCACUCUACUAGAGGCUUGAAGCAGGGUGACCCCUUGUCACCAACUCUUUUCAUCAUAGCAGCUGAAGUCUUGGCCACAAACUUAAAUGCUGAUCCUGUGUCAUUGAAGGAGAUGAUGAAGAUUUUGUGGGACUAUGAGAAGACAUCUGGUCUGCUGGUUAACAAUGAUAAGAGCUCCUUCUAUGUGCAUGAGAAAGUACCAGCAGCUAUGACAAUGCUAGUCUAUUUAUUAUCUGCAAUGACUGCACUGAAAGGUGUUAUAGACCAAUUACAUAAGAUCUUUGCCAAGUUACUUUGGAGUAAUACUGCAGGUGUUAAAGUCAGGCACUGGGUGGCUUGGGAUAAAAUGUGUUUGCCAAAGUGUGAAGGUGGUCUUGGCUUUAGAUCACUGCAUGAUAUAUCCAAAGCCGUUUUUGCAAAACUUUGGUGGAAUUUUAGAACUAACAUUUCUUUAUGGGGAGCUUUCAUGGGUAACAAGUAUUGCAAGAAGUUGCAUCCAGUUAUAGCACAGGCCAAAGGAGCAUCAAAUGUGUGGAAAAAACUGGUGGCAGUGAGAGAUGAUGUAGAACAUCAGAUAUGGUGGCAAUUGAAAGGAGGUACUUCUAGCUUCUGGUUUGAUAAUUGGACAAAACAAGGUUCUUUGUACUUUGUUGGUAAUGAGUUGGCCAUUGAUGAGGAGAUAGAGGAAUUUCUUGCUGAAGAAAAUGUUGAAUACAUACAAGAUACCAUUAGUCCAAAGCUGAUUCAAGUUGAUAAUGAUAAAACUUGGUGGAUGGGUGAAACAAAUGGAAAAUUUACAGUCAAAAGUGCAUGGGAGGAAACUAGACUAAAGCAAGACAGUCUUGAAGCUUAUAGAUUUAUAUAG